AUGUACAGGCUUAAUGUGUUACCGAAUUACGAAGUAAUCAUCUCUGGAACUGAGCUUGACAUUGCCAUUCCUAGUCCUACUAACUACAACAUGCCAGAGAACAAAUCCAAAUUACGGGACAUGGUCAGAAAUGCCAAAGAACAAAAGCUGAAGUUGGCUAAAGACAGGAUGGCUAUGAUAAAACUAUCAGAGACGCUCAAAAAUCAAGAAAAGUCGUUAAACAGCGAAGAGGAAAUUCUUAAAAAAGAAAAACUAGCUGUUCAGCAACAACGCAUGGAACUUAAUGAAUUAAGGGCCAAGCUCAGCCACGACCAAGCUAAGUUGAAUCAACUUACUCCUCCCCUUUGUGAGCAAAUAAAAACAUUUUGUCCUUUUAAACACAAAGAGGGCUAAUUUUUAUUUAAAAUUAUAUAUAAAUUUAUAGAUAAAUUUAAUUUUAAAAAUGUAUUUUCUAAAUGCAAGCUGCUUAAAAUUAAAUAAAAUAGCUAGACAUUUCAUUAAAAAUUUCAUAAAAACAAGGAUUUUACAAUAGCUUUGUUUACUCACGUAGGGGGGAGAGUUAGAGAAAAGUUGGGCGCGGAAAACGAGCAAGUCAGCCAAGCACUUGAAGAGCUGCGAAUAAAAGCUGUUGAACUGAACAAGCAAAGAGGCGUCGUAAAGAAGGCAUCUCCUUUAGGAGAUAGAAAAGCCCAGAAAAAGAGCACGUGGUCAGAGAUCCAAAAUUUGAGCGAAGAGUUUGUGUGAUCGAGCAUAAAACCCACCCCUGCCCUCACCACUCCAAUACCAAACUACAUAGUCUUGAUAGCAAGAGAUAUUAUAAAUAUAUGGUAUUAUUUUCGCUCCUAAGCUAUUAAAACGCGAUUUUAACAUGCUUACAUAUAUAUUUAGUACUUUAUUUCAUGUCUCUCCUCUCUGCAAAAAUUUUUAGACUAAUAAAUAAAGGAGCUAGCACAUAAUUACGCUGUAUAUUGCUUAAUUAUCGCAUUUUAACAGAUUAGAAGCCAAAAUACAGUAAUAUCCCUUAUUUUCUUAUUAUCAAGACCGGGCAGUUUGGCAUUGAGGGGGGUUUAUGCUUGACCAUUUGUGGACGAACUCAGACAGGAAAACAAAGAAAGAAGCAUCAAAGUCAGGAUGGAAAAAAGACAAAAUUCAUUAGAAAUCUGGCUUUAA